CACACUAGAGAGAAACCUUAUGAAUGUAACCAAUGUGAAAAGGCUUUUCGACACAAGGUAGCUCUUAUUGUACAUCAAAAAAUCCACACUGGAGAGAAGCCUUAUGAAUGUAACCAAUGUGGAAAAGCUUUUCGACACAAGGUAGCUCUUACUAUACAUCAGAGAAUACACACUGGAGAGAAACCUUAUGAAUGUAACCACUGUGGAAAGGCUUUUAGAAGCAAGGAAGGUCUCAUUAGUCAUCAAAAAAUCCACACUGGAGAGAAGCCUUAUGAAUGUAACCAAUGUGGAAAGGCUUUUAGAAGCAAGGAAGUUCUAAUUGGUCAUCAGAGAAUCCACACUGGAGAGAAGCCUUAUGAAUGUAACCACUGUGGAAAGGCUUUUAGAAGCAAGAAAGGUCUUAUUGGACAUGAGAUGAUGCACACUGGAGAGAAGCCUUAUGAAUGUAACCAAUGUGGAAAGGCUUUUCGACACAAGGUAGCUCUUACUGUACAUCAGAGAAGCCACACUGGAGAGAAACCUUAUGAAUGUAACCACUGUGGAAAGGCUUUUCGACACAAAGUAGCUCUUACUGUACAUCAGAGAAUCCACACUGGAGAGAAACCUUAUGAAUGUAACCAAUGUGGAAAGGCUUUUCGACACAAGGUAGCUCUUACUGUACAUCAGAGAAGCCACACUGGAGAGAAGCCUUAUGAAUGUAACCAAUGUGGAAAGGCUUUUCGACACAAAGUAGCUCUUACUGUACAUCAGAGAAGCCACACUGGAGAGAAACCUUAUGAAUGUAACCAAUGUGGAAAGGCUUUUAGAAGCAAGAAAGGUCUUAUUGGACAUGAGAUGAUGCACACUGGAGAGAAGCCUUAUGAAUGUAACCACUGUGGAAAGGCUUUUCGACACAAAGUAGCUCUUACUAUACAUCAGAGAAUCCACACUGGAGAGAAGCCUUAUAAAUGUAACCAGUGUGGAAAGGCUUUUCGAUACAAGGUAGCUCUUACUAUACAUCAGAGAAUCCACACUGGAGAGAAACCUUAUGAAUGUAACCACUGUGGAAAGGCUUUUAGAAGCAAGGAAGGUCUCAUUGGUCAUCAAAAAAUCCACACUGGAGAGAAACCUUAUGAAUGUAACCACUGUGGAAAAGCUUUUCGACACAAGGUAGCUUUUACUGUACAUCAGAGAAUCCACACUGGAGAGAAGCCUUAUGAAUGUAACCACUGUGGAAAGGCUUUUAGAAGCAAGAAAGGUCUUAUUGGACAUGAGAUGAUACACACUGGAGAGAAGCCUUAUGAAUGUAACCACUGUGGAAAGGCUUUUCGACACAAGGUAGCUCUUACUAUACAUCAGAGAAUACACACUGGAGAGAAACCUUAUGCAUGUAACCAGUGUGGAAAAAGUUUUAUAAAAAAGGAAAAUCUUAUUGUAGCUCUUAUUGUACAUCAGAGAAUCCACACUGGAGAGAAGCCUUAUGAAUGUAACCAGUGUAGAAAGGCCUUUGGAGACAAGAAUACUCUUACAGUACAUCAGAGAAUCCACACUGGAGAGAAGCCUUAUGGAUGUAACCACUGUGGAAAGGCUUUUAUACAAAAGGGAGCUCUUAAUAUAAAUCAGAAAAUCCACACUGGAGAGAAGCCUUAUAAAUGUAACCACUGUGGAAAGGCUUUUAUACAAAAGGGAGCUUUUAAUAUACAUCAGAGAAUCCACACUGGAGAGAAGCCUUAUGAAUGUAACCACUGUGGAAAGGCUUUUAUACAAAAGGGAGCUCUUAAUGUACAUCAGAGAAUCCACACUGGAGAGAAACCUUAUGCAUGUAACCAGUGUGGAAAAAGUUUUAUAAAAAAAGAAACUCUUAUUUUACAUCAGAGAACCCACACUGGAGAGAAGCCUUAUGAAUGUAACCACUGUGGAAAGGCUUUUAGAAAAAAGGGAGGUCUUACUACACAUCAGAGAAUCCACACUGGAGAGAAACCUUAUGAAUGUAACCACUGUGGAAAGGCUUUUAGAAAAAAGGGAGAUCUUAGUAUACAUCAGAGAAUCCACACUGGAGAGAAGCCUUAUAAAUGUAACCACUGUGGAAAGGCUUUUAGAAGCAAGAAAGGUCUUAUUGGACAUGAGAUGAUGCACACUGGAGAGAAACCU